AAAAGGAAGCGCCGGAGGAGCGCAGCGGCGGGCGGCGGGACGCGAGCGGCGGGGUGUGGGGGCUGCCUGCUGGGCGGCCGGGCGCGGCGAGCCCAGGGAGGCAGCUUCCAUGGAUCAAAGGGAAUGCGAGGACCCUGCCCAGACAGACGUGGGCCACCCUCAGCACCGACAACUUACACCACGAAGAUAGCAGAGCCGUCCACGGGAUGGGAAAACUGAGGCCCUGAGUGGUAAGCCAGUCCACACGUCUGCUAAGAGGCAGUGCUGAGCAUGGAAGACUGUCCAGGGAGAGGUCAAAUGCACUGCCUGGCAGGAAGCUUCCUGAAAAAGACACCUAUCGUAACUGAGAGAAAAGGUCCCCCCACUCCAUUAAAACUGUCCCGCUCCCCUUCCUGCGCUUUCCUGACUACACUCAGGUGUACGUCAGGGAUAGUUGUCCUGGUGGGUCUGUGCCAUCUGAAUGGCUCCCUUCAGAGUUGCUGUUUGUCUGGGCUCCAUAGCAGACCUGAGUUGGAAGGCUACCUCUGUCACUUACAGACUGUGUGUGGUCAGGCACAUUACUCUCCCUCUGCGCCUCAGUUUUCCCAUCUAUAAAAUGAGGAUGAAACAAUGGACACCUCCUGAGCUUGUUGUGAGGAUUCUGGGCUUACCAGAUCGGUUGUCAGUCUCUAAACGGGGAGUUGUUCGAACCGUGGGUGUUCAGUCACCUCAAGAGACCAAGCUCCUGGCUGGGUCCCUGUACUAGUGACUGGGGCUGCAACAAAGAAUCUACUGGAGCUCCCCACCUGUUUGAGGAUUCAUUUCCUUCCUCAGGGUCCCCAGGAUUGGGCAGGAACAGGGAGGGCCCAGAGGCUUGCUGGCUUCAGCUUCCUCCCUCUCCCCCUGAAGACCCUACCCUGCCCCACAUCCACCUGAAACUUGGCUCUGCCCUCUCCCCCCACCAUGCCCUGAGGCCAGUGCCCUGCACUGCGCCCACUCCUACCCUGUCCCCUCUUCAGAUGUUCUGAAUUUAUUGACUCCCUACUGUGUGCAGAAGAUUGCCGUCCUCAAGGAGCUUCUGGUUUCCCCAGGUGAUGAGGCUGAGUAUAGAUGAUGAUACCAGCUAAAACUGACUGCCCGUCCCACUUUAAAACCAUUACAUUUCAUUGACUUCCUAGCAGCCCUGGAAGGUAGUCACCAUUUUAUAUGUGAGGAAUCUGAGACUGAGAGCCAGUGAGGAGCUUGCUGGAGGUCUUGCAGUGAGGCUGAAGCAGAGCCUGGGCUCAAAGCUUGGUCUCCAGCUCAUCCAGACUUAACGCCUCCUUUCCUCCCUCUUCCCAGCAAGAGCCAUGCAAGAGCAGAAGCCACUUUGUGCUGGGAGGCAGGCACCUGGCCAUUCUCCUGUUGGGGCCCUGGAUUUGGCAUCUGCACCCCCUCUCCUGAUUUCUCCCAACAUUCCAUCCAAGAGGGGCAGUGAGACGGGAACAUAGGUGUAGCUAGAGGUGACCCCUUGGGACAGAUCACCUGCACAAGGAUUAGCCUGUGCUGGCAUCCCAGUCCUGCCCCUUUUUAGCUUUGUGACCCGGGUCCAUGACUCUGCCUCUCUGUCUUCCUCUGCCUCGUGGGAAUGGUAACAGCCCUGCACUGAGGAGGCACUGGGUCCUCCAGGUCAAGGGUUGGCACAGGACUGGGCACACUAUCCCCCCAACUGGUAGCUGGAAGGGUAGAGGCCCCUCUGCCCGUGGAGCCCAUUUCCUGGGUUUUUGGGGAGUGGUGUUGCCUUGCGUGGGUCAGUUCUUACCUCUGCCCUGGUGCUAUCCCACCACACACUGCCCCAGUCGAAGGGACUGUCUCCUCUGUGCAGCCCUUCCCAGUGGGGAGCUGGCAUCCAUCUCUUCUGCCUAAGCAUGUCCUGCUGUAGCCGUGGGUAUCCCUCAUCUGACAUGGGCCCAGUUAUUUCGGCAUUCCUCUCUCUCUCCUGUACCUUCUCACACUGGACCAAGAAGACACUGAGGCAAGGAUACAGCUUGGCCAUUUCUGUUGCUCCCACAGGACCUGGCCAAAGGGCUGAGCAGAGAGUUGAGGUUGUGCUUGGAGACUGGGUGUGAUGGGGAGGGGAGUGGGUAAGAGUCAGACAUACUGGAUGGAAUGGACUGUUUCCUACCUUGGGCGAGUUGUUUUACCUCUCUGAGCGUCAAGUUCCCUCACCUGUAAAACAGAGCUGUGAUCACUUCCCACCUCAGCUGAAGGGGUCAGGAAGGCAGCAGGAGUCCAUAGGUGACUCCUCACUGUGAGGGGACUGGGUGUUCUCCUUUAUGUUGACACAUACUCUACUACCCCCUCAGAAAUAGGGUGAAGUUGUGACCACAUCCUGCCUGGUCAUAAACUACCCCCACCCCAAAUGUUUGGCACUCUGCCUGUGUAUGGCAUGGCAGUCUUAUACGGGACUCCUGGGCAGGUUGUUACAUGCCCUCAGGCCUGCUCGUCUUGGCCCCUCCUCCCUUCCGGUCCCAAUCCGCAGGCCCCCGUCCGGAUGUGGACACUGGGAGUCAGGAAGUGAGGGAAGGGUGUUUCUCAGCUGGAGGCAGUCUUCAUGAUUCAGCAGGCCCUCCCCCAGAGUGCCACUUUCCCAGGAGUGUGGGUGGUGUGAGGAGCCAGAUGGUCAUUAGAGGGCCUGGGGCCUUCCUGUGGGGUUGAACCAUGAUUCCAGUGACGGAGCUCCGCUACUUUGCGGACACACAGCCAGCAUACCGGAUUCUGAAGCCAUGGUGGGAUGUGUUCACCGACUAUAUCUCCAUCGUCAUGCUGAUGAUCGCUGUCUUUGGCGGGACGCUGCAGGUCACCCAGGACAAGAUGAUCUGCCUGCCUUGUAAGUGGGUCACCAAGGACUCCUGCAACGACUCAUUCCGGGGCUGGGUGGCCCCCAGCCCGGAGCCUACCUACCCCAACACGACGCUCCUGCCGACUCCUGACACAGGCCCCACAGGAAUCAAGUACGACCUGGACCGGCACCAGUACAACUAUGUGGAUGCCGUGUGCUAUGAGAAUCGGCUGCACUGGUUUGCCAAGUACUUCCCCUACCUGGUUCUCCUGCACACACUCAUCUUCUUGGCCUGCAGCAACUUCUGGUUCAAGUUCCCCCGCACCAGCUCGAAGCUGGAGCACUUUGUGUCUAUCCUGCUCAAGUGCUUUGACUCGCCUUGGACCACACGGGCCCUGUCAGAGACGGUGGUGGAGGAGAGUGACCCCAAGCCAGCCUUCAGCAAGAUGAACGGCUCCAUGGAUAAGAAGUCAUCCACGGUCAGCGAGGACGUGGAGGCCACCGUGCCCAUGCUGCAGCGGACCAAGUCACGCAUUGAGCAGGGCAUCGUGGACCGCUCAGAGACGGGUGUGCUGGACAAGAAGGAAGGGGAGCAAGCCAAGGCACUGUUUGAGAAGGUGAAGAAGUUUCGAACCCAUGUGGAGGAGGGAGAUAUUGUGUACCGCCUCUACAUGCGGCAGACCAUCAUCAAGGUGAUCAAGUUCAUCCUCAUCAUCUGCUACACUGUCUACUAUGUGCACAACAUCAAGUUUGACGUGGACUGCACUGUGGACAUCGAGAGCCUGACGGGCUACCGCACCUACCGUUGUGCUCACCCUCUGGCCACGCUCUUCAAGAUCCUGGCGUCCUUCUAUAUCAGCCUGGUCAUCUUCUACGGCCUCAUCUGCAUGUACACGCUGUGGUGGAUGUUGCGGCGUUCCCUCAAGAAGUACUCGUUUGAGUCAAUUCGCGAGGAGAGCAGCUAUAGUGACAUCCCCGAUGUCAAGAAUGACUUUGCCUUCAUGCUUCACCUCAUCGACCAGUAUGAUCCGCUCUACUCAAAGCGCUUCGCUGUCUUCCUUUCGGAGGUAAGUGAGAACAAGUUGCGGCAGCUGAACCUCAACAAUGAGUGGACACUGGACAAGCUGCGGCAGCGGCUCACCAAGAACGCACAGGACAAGCUGGAGCUGCACCUAUUCAUGCUUAGUGGCAUCCCUGACACUGUGUUUGACCUGGUGGAGCUGGAGGUGCUGAAGCUGGAGCUGAUCCCUGAUGUGACCAUCCCACCCAGCAUUGCCCAGCUCACUGGCCUCAAGGAGCUGUGGCUGUACCAUACGGCAGCCAAGAUCGAGGCUCCCGCCCUGGCCUUCCUGCGUGAGAACUUGCGGGCACUGCACAUCAAGUUCACUGACAUCAAGGAGAUCCCACUGUGGAUUUACAGCCUGAAGACCCUGGAGGAGCUGCACCUGACAGGCAACCUGAGCGCGGAGAACAACCGCUACAUCGUCAUUGAUGGGCUGCGAGAACUGAAGCGCCUCAAGGUGCUGCGGCUCAAGAGCAACCUGAGCAAGCUGCCACAGGUGGUCACGGACGUGGGCGUGCACCUGCAGAAGCUGUCCAUCAACAAUGAGGGGACCAAGCUCAUUGUCCUCAACAGCCUCAAGAAGAUGGUGAACCUGACGGAGCUGGAGCUGAUCCGCUGUGACCUGGAGCGCAUCCCUCACUCCAUCUUCAGCCUCCAUAACCUGCAGGAGAUCGACCUGAAGGACAACAACCUCAAGACCAUUGAGGAGAUAAUCAGCUUCCAGCACCUGCACCGCCUCACCUGCCUUAAGCUGUGGUACAACCACAUCGCCUACAUCCCCAUCCAGAUCGGCAACCUCACCAACCUCGAGCGCCUCUACCUGAACCGCAACAAGAUCGAGAAGAUUCCCACCCAGCUGUUUUACUGCCGCAAGCUGCGCUAUCUGGACCUCAGCCACAACAACCUGACCUUCCUUCCCGCUGACAUUGGCCUCCUGCAGAACCUCCAGAAUCUGGCCAUCACAGCCAACCGGAUUGAGGCCCUGCCACCGGAGCUCUUCCAGUGCCGAAAGCUGCGGACCCUGCACCUGGGCAAUAACGUGCUGCAGUCACUACCCUCGAGGGUGGGUGAGCUGACCAACCUGACCCAGAUUGAACUGCGAGGCAACCGGCUAGAGUGCCUGCCUGUGGAGCUGGGCGAGUGCCCGCUGCUCAAGCGCAGCGGCCUGGUUGUGGAGGAGGACCUGUUUAACACGUUGCCACCUGAGGUGAAGGAACGGCUCUGGAGGGCCGACAAGGAGCAGGCCUGAGUGCUGGCAACCAGCAGGACCAUGGGGCUGGCCCAGAGCAGACAGCAGCGGGACCACCGAGGAGGUCCUCAGGCCCAGGAGGGCCAGGCUUUGCUCCUCCCAGAAGUCCGGGGAUGGCCAGCCCAGCCUCUUGGUCGGGCAGGAGCCUGGGGCAGGAUGUGAGCUGGGCCAGGGCGAGAGGACAGUGCCUGAGGGGCUGGCCCCUUUUCUUCCUCUGAAACUCAUGCCCCCCCAGGGCAGGCGCCUGUUGGGGGAGAUCAGAGGACUGUGCAGUAUUUGGACAAUCAGGGCCUCCUCACUGGAGGCCAUUUCUGCCCCAGCGGCUGAGCCGACGCCAGAGGUCCAGGGACACCUACUUAGCUCUUGGUAUUUAUUUUUCACUACAUCCCAUCUUCUCCCUCUAGAUAAACAUUCCCAAAGAAGUUCAGCUCAAAUGGAGGGUGUUUAUGGAAGGGUGGGCUGUGUCUCCCCUUUUUCCUUUUUAGUGAUGCCGCUGGCAUUUAAUACCCACCCCGAUUUGAGCAGAGGGGUCCCGGGUGAACCAGCCAUGGAAUGGUCGGUCACCCCCACUGGUGCCGGGCUGGGCUCUGGCAGCACGGCCCAUGGGAGAGCAGGCCGCCAGGUGGUGAGGCCAGGCCUGGGGCUUGCCUCAUCAGUUUUUGUGGCAGUUUCAGAAUUUUUUUUUUUUUUUUAAGUAAAAAGUUUUUUUUUUAAAGCUUUGACAAUGGGUGGUUUGGGUAUUAAGAAGAAAAAAAUUGCUAAAAAAAGAGAGACACUAAAAAAGGCCAGUGAGUUGGAUUCUCAGGGUGGGGUAGCAGUUUCCCUUGAGCAAAGAAGCAAGAAAUUGAAUUGUAUUUCCUUUCCCUGGGGUGUGGGGUGCAGGAUGUCUUCCGAACCUGGUAUGACCUUGGUCUAGUUCUGCUUGUUCCUCUCCUUGCCUGGGGCAGGGUGUUGUUUUUUAAUUUUUUUGGUCUCUUGUUUUCUUUCUUCUCCAUGUGUCUUGGCACUCAUUUCUGUGGCUGUUGGCCAAGGGGAAUGUUCUGGAACUGCCAAUAAGGGAGGAAAAUGAGUCUGGCUAACCCCCAGAUGAUGGUGCUCCAUCUUCCCCUUCCCCGAUGCACCCAGCCCACCCUCCACACACAGUGUUAAGGAGCUGAGAGGAGCUAUUUCACCUGGCCUCUGUUUCCCCACCUCAUGUGUCAUGGGUUUGUCCAGUGCCACCACUAGCCUCAGCUGCUUAUGUCAACCCUGUCACUACCCAGUCCUUCAGAACGGACACUUAGAGGAAGAGUUGGAUGGGGAAGUCACUGCUGACAGGGCAAGCUCCCCAGUUUUUGGUUUGAAGCUAGCUUCUAUCCAGGGCACCCGGCACACAGCACGGUCAGCGCCUAGUGGUGGGAAGCCACCUUGCUUUAGAUCAGUCAGUUGGGCCUUUGUCUUAAAAGGGUCUCCGCCUUAGAGCAAUCACUGAGACACUAAGGUACAUUUUAGCAUCUCGUCUUAAUGAGUAUGUCUGUCUGUCUCUCCACUUGUUUUCUGCGUCGCGUCUUCAGAUGUAACCCUCAGAAAUGAUGCACACUAGCCUCUAACCAUGAAGCAAUCCGUUACUUUUGGGUCUGAACUUGUAGACUCGGUUCAAAUAUCAAAUAAACCUAUAACAGAAAGUAA